GAUUCUGUAAAUACAUGCUGAGAUUUGGAUUUUCGAUCUUGCUGAGUGUUUGCAGUCAGAAGGAUUCGGAGAAGCUGCGAGUGCGAACACAGUCUUCAAGUGGUGACGAUGAUUCGCUCAGUUUUGUUGCUUGUUCUUCUUGUUCUGCCCUAUUUGUUCAUCUUCUCUGUAGAAGCGAAAACCGUAGACCCCUAUAAGGUUCUUGGGGUUGAGAGGAGUGCUAAUCAACGUGACAUUCAGAAAGCUUUUCACAAGCUUUCUCUAAAGUAUCAUCCUGACAAAAACAAAAACAAGGGUGCACAGGAGAAGUUUGCUGAGAUAAACAAUGCAUAUGAAAUUCUCUCGGAUGAGGAUAAGAGGAAGAACUAUGAUUUGUAUGGCGACGCACAAGGUAAUAGUGGAUUUGACGAGCGAAAGUUUGGAAACCAUCAAGGCUCCACUUAUUUCACUAGUGGCGGCCCUGGUGGCGAGUACUUCACCUCGGGCCCUGGCGGAUGGCAGACAACAAGUGGUCAGGGUAAUGCGAGAUCAUUCUCCUUCUCUUUUGGUGGUGAUUCUAGUGCUGGUGGCAGUCCGUUCGGCUUCGAUAUGGGUGAUAUUUUUUCAAACUUCUUUCGAACAAGUGGCAACCAAAAUGGAAAUUAUCAUAGUGGUUUCAGUAGCUCAAACGCGAGAUCAAACUCGGAAUCCUCUUCUGUAAACAUGCAAGACAUCGAUUUGACAUGGUUCAAUAAGAAAAUUAGAGAUCAAGGCAUGACUUGGUUCUUAUUGUUCUACACACCUUCCUCAAAGGGCUAUAAUACACUUGAAUCUGUAAUUUCGAAUGUUGCAAAUUCCUUACAUGGAGCACUAAAGGCUGGUAAGAUAAACUGCCAAACUGAGCAGACCCUUUGUAGGGAACUUGGUGUGUCGUCUGCCCGAUCAGAUCGGCUUUUCAUUUAUGGAUAUGGAAGCAAUGGCAAGGCUUAUUUGUUAGAAUACAACGGAGAGUUUGAUGCCAGAAGUUUGAAAAGUUUCUGCCAGGAUCACCUGCCAAGGAUUUCAAAAAGGGUAGAUCUUAGCCGUUUCGAGUUUACAGGUAACAAUGAGAACCUUCCACAGGUGCUGCUACUGACUACGAAGAAAGAGACGCCUGUCAUGUGGCGUGCGAUUAGUGGGAUGUAUCGUAAGCGUUUUGCAUUCUACGAUGCUGAGGUUCAUGAUCUUUUGCACCCAUUUUUGAACAAGUUUGAAAUUAAAGCUCUUCCAGCCUUGGUCGGUAGGCUGAGUAAUGGAGACGCCUAUGUUUUAAAAGAAGGGAUUGCCGUAAAAGACUUGCAAUCUGGCAUCAAUGAGCUCAAAUCCCUGCUCGAAAGCUUUGAAAAGAAAAAUAUCAUAGUUUCGAGCCAGUCAAAGAAGACCAAAUCCCAAGCGAAGAACACUCCUCUCCUCACAGCUUCGAAUAUGGACACUUUAUGCGGCGACGCCACCCCCGUCUGUAUUAUCGGCAUCUUCCGGUCUCAAAAAGCAAAGGAGAAAUUGGAUAAUAUUCUGUCAACUUUGUCUCGGAAGACACUUGUGAGGAAACAGAACCAAGGCAUGGGCCAUGGGGAUUUCAUUUCUUACUCGCUUCUGGAUGCCAAAAAGCAGGCACAAAUAUUGAGCUCCUUUGACAGAUCAGGAUUCAAGUCCUUGGAUGCGUUUAUACUGUCUUACAAACCCAGGAAAGGAAAAUUUGCAGCAUAUGCUGGUGAAUUGACGAUGGAAGAAGCUGAGAAAUUUGUCAGUUCUGUUCUUAAUGGGGAUGUUGUUUUCUCUAUGGUUCAUCAAAAUCCUACUUUCAGAUAAAGUGGCUUUAAUGUAUAAAUGCUGUUUAUUUUCUUUUUAGUCUCUUCUCACCGGUCCCAUAUAUGAUAUACGUAGAAAAAUGAUGAGGUUGAUGUAAAGAUAUAUAGAUAUUUUGGGGAUAAUUAAAAGGUAGUUUUAUAGUUGAUUUGAA